GUGGUUCUGGGGCUUGUGAUGUCAGGAGGGCAUCAGGGCUGGUAGUGUGCAGGUGUCUGGGAUAAUGGCUUCAGACCCCAGGGUGGCCCUGGGGACACUGGCAUUCCGGAGACAUCUGACACCCAGUCACCCACACCACAGCAGAGGGCAUGUCCCCUCCAGACCUGCUGCUUCAAACACCAUCAGAGGCGACUCACUCCAUCCACGAGUUCCCCACAGACCUGUUCUCCAAUAAGGAGCGACAGCACGGAGCUGUCCUGCUGCACAUCCUCGGUGCUCUGUACAUGUUCUACGCCUUGGCCAUCGUGUGCGACGACUUCUUUGUUCCGUCCCUAGAGAAGAUCUGUGAGAAACUCCAUCUGAGCGAGGACGUGGCAGGAGCCACCUUCAUGGCUGCAGGGAGCUCUACGCCAGAGCUGUUCGCCUCGGUCAUUGGUGUCUUCAUCACCCACGGAGACGUCGGGGUGGGCACCAUCGUGGGCUCCGCCGUGUUCAACAUCCUGUGUAUUAUUGGAGUGUGUGGACUCUUUGCUGGCCAGGUGGUGCGUCUGACGUGGUGGGCCGUGUGCCGGGACUCCGUGUACUACACCUUGUCUGUCAUUGUGCUCAUCGCGUUCAUAUACAAUGAAGAAAUUGUGUGGUGGGAAGGCUUGGUGCUGAUCGUCUUGUACGGGUUUUACAUUCUGAUCAUGAAGUACAAUGUGAAGAUGCAGGCCUUUUUCACAACCAAACAAAAGAGCAUUGCCAACGGCAACCCGGUCAGCAACGAGCUGGAAGAUGGUAAUGACUUCUAUGACGGUAGCUAUGAUGACCCCUCGGUGCCAUUGCUGAGGAAAGUGAAGGAGAAGCCGCAGUACGGCAAGAACCCCGUGGUGAUGGUGGACGAGAUCCUGAGCUCCAGCCCCCCCAAGUUCAACUUCCCCGAGGCGGGCCUGCGCAUCAUGAUCACCAACAAGUUUGGGCCCAGGACCCGGCUACGCAUGGCCAGCAGGAUCAUCAUCAAUGAGCGGCAGAGACUGAUCAGCUCGGCCAACAGUGUGAGCAGCAAGCCGCUUCAGAACGGGACACACGAGAACAUCGAGAACGGGAAUGUCCCCGUGGAAAACCCCGAGGACCCUCAGCAGGACCAGGAGCAGCAGCCGCCACCCCAGCCGCCACCCCCGGAGCCAGAGCCGGUGGAGACUGCCUUCCUGUCCCCCUUCUCCAUGCCUGAAGCACGAGGGGACAAGGCCAAGUGGGUGUUCACCUGGCCCCUCAUCUUCCUCCUGUGUGUCACCAUCCCCAACUGCAGCAAGCCCCGCUGGGAGAAGCUCUUCAUGGUCACCUUCAUCACCGCCACGCUGUGGAUCGCCGUCUUCUCCUAUUUCAUGGUGUGGCUGGUGACCAUCAUCGGAUACACCCUGGGGAUCCCCGACGUCAUCAUGGGCAUCACCUUCCUGGCCGCAGGCACCAGUGUCCCCGACUGCAUGGCCAGCUUGAUCGUGGCCAGACAAGGCCUUGGCGACAUGGCGGUGUCCAACACCAUAGGAAGCAAUGUGUUCGACAUCCUGGUGGGGCUCGGCAUCCCAUGGGGCCUGCAGACCAUGGUCAUUAGUUAUGGAUCCACGGUCAAGAUCAACAGCCGGGGUCUGGUCUAUUCUGUGGUGCUGCUGCUGGGCUCCGUCGCGCUCACCGUCCUCGGCAUCCACCUCAACAAAUGGCGGCUGGAUCGGAAGCUGGGCAUCUACGUGCUGGUUCUCUACGCCAUCUUCCUGUGCUUCUCCAUAAUGAUAGAGUUUAACGUCUUCACCUUCGUCAACCUGCCCAUGUGCCGAGAAGAUGAUUAGAGCUGAGCCACCACCCCGCGCCGUCCUGGCCGCCCACCACACUGGCAUCCUUCUCUCUCCCUCCCCCGCCACAGGUCCCUCCUGCCUCAGCCACCACCAUCUGUCCUUUCAUGAGCUGGAAGGAAGGGCCAUCGUGGUCUUUGCCUGGUCCCAGCCCAGGCUGCUGGCCUGCUCCUUGGAGUCAGCCCCCAAGGCAGGGUCCUGAGUUAAGCAGCUCCACAGGCCCCUGAGCUGCCAGCCGCGGGGACAUGGAGUGUCCCAUCUCUUGCACACUUCUGCAUGCAGCUUGUCUUUCUCCUCCAUGGGCAGGCUCAGAAACGAGGCAGUCGGUGCCCACGAGGUCUCCCUGGGCAAGUGCAAAACAAAAGUGCCACUCUGUAGUGUCAGCUCGGGGCCAGAGGAGUGAGGUCCUCAGGCAACAUGUGUCCCCAGGAGCCUCUGACUUCUGCCGGAAGCACUCACGGUUUGGAAGAGGCAAGGCGUCACCCUGCUGGGGUUGGAGACCAUGACAGCAGACAUUCCACUCCUUUUUCUGGAAAAAUUAGAAGAAUGGCAACAUUUCUUUCAUAGCAGAAGAGAGAAACGCAAAUACUCUUAUCCUUUUUAUUGAUGCAGAGAAUGAGCAAUGAAAUAUUUAAAAAUAAAACAUCCGACAGAUCAUCAUACUUGAAAAAUAUCAUUCCACACUAAAAGAUCAUGAUGGGGACCCCAAAAGGUCACCCCUGUACAAAAAUGAAACCUCUGUGUCUCGUCUUGCAUCGACGUGGAGAUGUUUGGUUUGGAAUAUAGAAAAAGGUGAAGGACCAACGUGGAAACAGGUGCUAACUCAGAGACACAGUGAGGACUGCAGUUCACUGCUCGACAUUCCAGACCUUCUGUGUGAGGCAAUGCACUGUCUGUCCAGGUUUGUCAUUUCUGUAAUGUUUUAGAUUCAUAACCCCCCUGUGGAAAGACGCAGUUGUUUAUAUGCCCAGCCAAUUCCAUAACUGAUGGUUUUAGUGACAAGAAAGAGAGAUUUCCUUUAAAACCAUGAAUUGCUCUCUGGUUAGCUAGAGGCAAGUCUGAAAAACAUAUCUUGGAAAUUUUUAGAGCUAAUUUUCUUGAAACUCAUAGUUUACUACAUAUGAAAGGCCGGGGAUAGGAGACUGAUUAAAAAUAGAGAAGCAUGGAACCAUGUUCAACUGCUCUAAAAUGUAUAUUGAAAAGAUUUAUGAACACAAACCUUUCCUGGGUUCUCAAAAGCAAGCACAAAUUAAUUUUCUAUAGAGUGUUCUUUUAUUUUUUUAACAUUUCUAUCGCAAAAGUCUACCGGAUCUGAUGCACUUUUAAUAUUGAGAUAUUUUGCACAGGAGAAGAUGUGGGAGCCACCCCUGUCGAUGUCAGAGGAAAGGUUUUUAGUGAUUCACCAGAAAUCGCUUUAAACUUGGCAAUGAGUUUAACUCCAGUAGCUAACCCCCUCCUGAGACACCAAGCUCAUGACCCACGUUGGAAUUUGUGACUAUGCUCUGUGAGGCCUCCGGAAUUCCAAAAGGAGGAAGUGUUCAAGCCUGCGUCCCCAAGUUCCCUUAAGCAUGACCCUGUGGUGGGACUUGGCUCCCGGCACCAGUUUCCAUCCAGGACUCACAUCAGUAUUAGAGUGACACCAUAUCAAUGCUUCUCUUUCUGUUUCUCUACCCAGAGCCUGGGCUCAGGGGCCUUCAAAUCGAGAAAAAAGGAUUUUCCUAAAAAAUUGGCUAAGCCGGAUGGGAGGGAGCCCAUGCAGCAGUAGAAACUUAGCUGCAAGAGGUUUCAGAGCCACUGGGGACCACUCUGGGUCUGAAUAGCUUAGUUCAAAACACACACACACACACACACACACACACACACACACGCAGGGAUAGUUUUUCCCACAUAUUCAUUUGGUCUUGGGCAGGUCAAGUGAUCUAGUUUAGUGGCCAACGGUAGCAUGCUUGUCCAAGCGCCACCCCACUGCCCCUCCCCAGCUGAGCCAGUGCAUGUGGGUUGGCCAGCCUGGGGCAGCAGGCAUGGGCGUGAGUUUGCACUUGUGGUUGGUUCUUUUUGUUUAAGUCAAAACCUCAUCAAAUAUUUAACUGGCUCCUGGAUUCCCCAGAUCAUCUCCUAAGAUCUGUUCUUAUCUGAAGUCUUUUUUCUUUUUCUGAAAAAGACUAAAAAUCAUUUUUAGAUAUGACAAGGACCAGGGUACGUGGUCCCUGAAGAUGUCCCUGCUGGGUUUCAAUUCACUGAGUCCCUGUGUAACUUUCAGAGAAUAUAUCCUAAUCGCCCUCCUCUCUGCAGAAUCCAUUUGAGGUUAUAAAGUCGACUACAGCUGCAGCUAGAGACUAUGAAGUUAUGUUUUUAAUAUGUAGUAUGCUCCUCUUAGCUAAUGUUCUUUGGACUUUAAUGUGCCAACGUAAUGUCCUUAAAAGGCUCUAUGCAUUUAUGAAACCUAGAAUACUUUAUGAACAGUGUAGGUGAAAAAUUCUCUGUUUUUAACUAUAUAUAUUUCCAUCACAAGUUUAAGAGUUGCUUGAUGAUUUAGGUCUUCAUUUUUUAACUUACGCUUUCAGCCCAUGCCGGAUCACUCCCUUUAUUUUUAUCUCCAAAGCUAAUUAGCAUGGGGUAAUUAUUUCUGCUACAAAAUAGACAAAAAAUACAUUAAGCUCUUCUCUGGGGGGCAGAAAAGCAAAAGGAACCAUGUACUCAGGUAGAAAGUGUCUAUAGAAGCAGGGGCAGGUGAUUCCUGCUUCUGGUCUGGGAUUUGUCCUUACUGGCCCAAGGAUUAGGGUGGACAGUGUGGAGUGUCUUGGGAACCUGACCCUGAAGGAAGGUUCUGGGUCAGCGGCUGUGAGAGACGGAAGGUUAAGGGCACUGCGGACAGUCAGUGUGGCCCCGUUGCUUACCCCGUCCUUCCUAUAACACGGUCUGGAGUCUGUUGGCCUCUGCUUCUCCCUGUCACCUGCCAGCACCUGUGCACACACCUGACUACAGGUGUGUGUCUGCGCCUGGUCAUUCCCUUCCCCACCUGUGAGGGCUCUUCCUGGCUUUUGCCUGUCUGCCCCUGCCUUUACAGACCCGAGCAGCCAAUAGGCACUCACCUUCCCCGAGCCCUCACCAGGGUUUGCACACCACCCAAGCACAGUCCUGAAGACAGGGACCAAAAGCCCCAGCCUGGGCUGCCCGGGGUCUAGGUUUUUCCAACCUUCUCUUCCUGGACACAAGGAUUUGCAAGCUCAAACGCUGCAGCAGCCCACCCUUCAGAGAACCCUGGACUCCCCAGCAGGCAGGAACUCGGGAAGGACGCAGGUGGCAUCUUGGCCCCACACCUGCCUUUCCUCUUGGCCUUCCUCCUCCUGGAACCCCAAGGCCCCUCCCUCUCCUUAAGAUGGGGGUGGAGAAGGCCAGAAGGACAGGGAGAGGGUCAGCUCAUUGCUUCUGGGGAAAGUGGGAGAGAAGCCCAGCACUAGCAGGGAGCAGAUGCAUCCGGGAUGCCUGUGGUCCCUGUCUGGAGCAGCCCUGUUGCCACGUCGUGUCCUUAGAAACUUCUAGAAAUUCCUGGAAAUGCUCUCUGGUUAGCUCUUGGGUGGCAGGAGGUCCCUCAUCCCCACAAUCCUUGGACCCACUGCCCUCUCCAUAUGGACUCGCCCAAAGAGCAUCUGAGCCUUCGCCAGGCGAGAGCGCUCCCUCCCGGGGUUUCUGGUCUCUGCGGCUCCUCACAUGAGCCCUUGGGGCGUGAGGCCUACCAGCCGUGGGGCAGGGGCCUUCCUGUUCUCUGGGUAACUAUGCCCCACUGUGUCAGUUGUGUGGGAACGAGAGGGAGGGUCUUUCACCGUCCAGAUCUACAAGGCGGAGAACCAGGGUCUGCGGCCUCCUGCCAGGUCCUGUCACGGGAACCUUGGCCUCAUGCAAAGGACUCUUCCCCACAGGGCCCAUUCCACGGGUGCAGAUUUUAAAAAGGCAUUUCCACUUAGGUUGUUGCAGUUGCUUGUUAAUAAAGAAACCUGAAACUGGACGCUAGCUUCAUACUUCACCUGGAACCUGGCAGCUAGCUAGCGGGUGGACAUGGGGCUUGUCACAGGGCUGCCGAGCUCCAGCAAGUGGGUGCCGCAUGAGAUCAGGAGGGAUGCCCUCUCGACCCCAGGUGGAGCAGUCUUUCCCAGGAAGCCAGCUGAGUGGUAUCCAAGCUUUGAUUCCUCUAUGGAGAUUUUUUAAAAUCCUAACUUUUCCAUCACAGAUGGCUUGCAGGUUCUACUCGUUGCUGCCAAGCCCUCAGACGUCCUAGGCACACACUGGUAGGGACUAGUGGCCCUGCUUUGUGUCCUCUUUGACCUUCGUGCUUCUAGGACGUUGUGUCCACUCUUACAGAGUCAGUAUCCAGUUGUCCAAGUUGUGAAUCUUCAUCCCGCCUCGUGUCCACCUGAAAUCCCACCCUCUUCCAAUCCCUGUAGCCUCCAAGAGGCAUCUCUGAAGGGCAGGGCCUCAACCGUGUGGUUGUUCCAUCCAUUGGAUUUUCGGGGCUGGGGAUUGGCUACUCCUUCGUUAAAAGCCCGGUGACAAAUUCCAGCAUAAUCCACACCUAUCCCACGGUGUUGCCAGAAUUCAAGCAGCUGUUCCUUAUGCACCUGGGUGGUUGGGACUUUUCCAUUUAUAAGGCCAACAGACUUGUUGAUUCUGGGGGGAGUAUGUGCCCUCCCCACCCCGUCCCUGGAAAACAACACUUUAAAGCUACCAGAGGAACGUGCAGCUUUUGGUUUCUAGAGGCAGGGCUUGGUAUGACCAGCCUUUGUGCCCAGAGGGAGGGACCCAGACAGCAGAGCCCUCCUGCCAGCACUCCAGGGGAAUCCCCCAGGGGACACGUGGUCCCCUUUUAACAGGAGGAGGCCUCUCCUCCCCCUGAAAAUUCAAGGCUUUUCCAAAUAAAAUUUCCUAGGGUUUUUUUUUUCCUGAUCACUGGGCAUCCUGUCUCACCUUCCAUCCCUGACCCUCUGAGCUGUAGACUCUGUGACCACACUGUCCACACUGCCCAAGGCUUGUACCAGGGAAUUUGGGGACCCAGCAAACAGAGAUGUGGCUGAGCUUCUUUGGGGGAUCCCUGUGGGUGGCUGCUAGUCUAGGAGGCCAAGUCUCCAGCUCAGAGCACUAGCUCCCUGGCAGGGUGCCCUCUGCCCGGACCUCCCUUCCAGCUGGGAGUAGCUGCUGGUGUCUGUGCACAAAGGGAGCUUUGAUUCCCUAGAGAGGAGGAAGGCUGCUGGCCACUUGGGGCCAGGCCCGUGGGCAGAUGCAGGAUCACCAAGGCAAGGACCCAGCGUGCAGAGGCCAGGCACUACGAGAUGCCAAGAGGCGGGCUGGGCAUGGCUUCCCCCAGGUAUUUGGAUCUUCCUAGGGCCCACCUUGACUUACCAAGUAGCAGGUGAUCAGGGUUGUCUUGGGUCCUGAAAGGACCUUGUUAAAAAACAGAGCAAACCAAGAACAUCUAGGGCAGGCCACACAUGGCCUGGGUCCCCCACGAGACACUUUGAGCGCGCUGGGCUGCACCCUUAUAUUUGUUCAUUCUCUCAGAGCAGGAGCAAUGGGUUGGAAAGUUGUAAAUAAUAAAUAUAUUUAUGCCGCUAUUUAUUUUUUCAAUAACUGUGACCUCCUGCACUGUGAAUGCUCUGUGACAUGAAAUUCUUAGUUUAAUAAAACUGUCAUUAAAUUUGAAUGAAUUGACAUUCUUGGUUCCUAAACACUGGCAUGAGUUUACUUUUGUUGUAAAGAAAAAUCUAGAGUAAAUACAAACUGAACCUUUAUGAGAAAUCUGGCGGUCAGUAUUGUAAUGCAAUAUAUCAAAAGUCUGUACACUGUCAAUAAAAUAAGUGACCACAAUUUGUCUUUCCCUACACAGAACUUCUAUUCAUGUUUUCAUAGACCUACAUAUUUGUAUUUUUUGAAAGAAUUACACUGGAAUAAGAGCCAUUGAAAACCAUUUUUAUUUGCAUAUGGAGAAAAAAAAUAAACGUCAAAAAGGA